CAAGUAUUGUGUAAUCAAUGCUGAAUUAUCAGUUUCGGUUGUCAUCCAUCUUCUUAAGGGUCGAUGAAUGGGAAAUAAUCAAGUUUGUAUUAAUGGUUGGAUCUCACCUCUUAAUCUCUUAUGAAAUUUUGUUCGCGCCUUCGCAUCUAUUAUCUCUCUUUGCUCUCGGUGAAUAUAACUUGAUACCAACAGUUUGAAUUAGUUGACACCCUUUCCUAAGCCAAAAUGGCCGGGAAUAUAGCAACAGAUACAGGGUCUCUCCCCGAAUAUUACGUCCAUAGCUUUCCAGCCCCGGGACUCCGCCAGAUCGUUAGGCAUAUUACCGGAAAUAACGCCAAUGGUGAAUCCAGAUUCCUAAGUUCUGAUCAUGGCGAGCAUUACCGUUUCAUGGUGGAGCAUCAAGCAGUAGCCAACAUCAUAUAUUCUACCCGGGAGACCCCUGUUGAUCUGAAUGCGAACGCAGAUAUCAUCAAGGCCCACGAACAAGAGCCCCCGUUCCACUAUCCCAACGGCUCAAUUGUCCGUAUGAUUGAUUUCGGUCCCGGCGUAGAGUCCCCUUUUCAUCGAGCCCUAACAAUUGAUUAUGGCAUCGUUUUAGAGGGGGUCUUCGAACUUACUCUUGAUUCGGGCGAGAAACGCAUCUUGCGCCAGAGUGAUAUCUGCGUCCAGCGGGCUACUGCACACAAAUGGAAGAACAUCACUGGCAAUGGCACCUUGCCAGGACGCAUGUUGUGGGUUCUCCUUGAUACCAAGGAGGUUACCAUAGACGGCAAGAAGAUAAGCGGCGACCUUGGUGACCUACAGAAGGAAUAUGCAGGCCGUGGAAAUUACUGAUGCUAAAGCUUGAUGGUCCUCGUCGCUAGUUGUUUGGCUUAAGAAUAUAUGUGCAUUAAAGGAUAACAAAAUGAUAGUUUUAACCAAGAUGGUCCUUAGAACAAGUGAGCCAUAGAAUUUGUAAUCAAAUACGGCUCACUAACGCCGUCGUGUACACCACCGUAUGGGUUUAAACUGCCUUGGGUUGGUAUAGGAGCCAUAGACAAACGGAAC